AAAGCUCUCAGAUCUAAUAUCGGGAGAGCAAAACUCUCAUAUCUAAAACUAGAUCGGGAGAGUAAGGAAAGAAACAAGAAGAAAUUAAACGAAAAAAUAACGAGGCAGGGGAGGGAGAGAUCUAGGUCAAAUCCCUCUCCUGCAGAAGUUGAAGAGACGAAGAACGGAUGAAACGCAAGAGAGGGAGAGAGACGGAGGGAGACGAAUUUCUACUCUCAGAUCUGGCCUACUUGGUGUGUCCAAUGAUGAUGCCCCACACUCUAUGGUCGAGAAAUUUCAACACUCCUGUAUUUGUGGCGACAACCCAAAGACAGAAAUUCAGCACCGUGUGAGAUUAGCGAAGAGAAGACGUCGAAAAAAAAGUUGCAGUCAAUGACAUCAUCCUGUUGUUCCUGAAUUCAUGACUAUCCCUCGGUCGCAGAUAAUAUCUUGCAAGAGACAUUCCUCGCACAAAGCUCUAAAUGGUCUCUGGUGGGAUAAUUUCUUCUUGUUCCUGUGCUCCUUCUCCCACUCUCCUCGUCCUCCUCGUCCUCCUCCUCCUCCUUCCGGUCCUCCUUCCAUCACUAACUAUGGCCGAAUCCUGGAAUGGACCUUCAUCGGUUAGCCUUCCUGCUGAGUGGACCGCUGGUAGACCUUACGACUACAAUCUAACUCGAGCUGACCUUCAGGUAAGCAUCAAGAUCGUGCUUUACAGGCAAACCUCGGGGCCAAGUUUCUUUUAUGGCUUCACAUGCUAUUAUGAAAGUGUCUGCUACUUUGGCCUGUUCAUUUUCCAAUUGAUCGAGGACAUGAAGAGCAUCCAGCCAGUGAUCGUGUGGUCAGCUAACCAUGGUAAACCCAUGAAGCACGCCGCCCGGCUGCAACUCACUGAGGAGGGCGAUUUAGUCUUACUGGGCGACGAUGGCAACAAGAUUUGGUCCACGGAUACUAAGCGUAAGUCAGCCGUGGGGUUAAACUUGACUGAAGCUGGAAACGUCGUGCUCUAUGAUAGAAGCAACGCUGUCAUUUGGCAGUCUUUCGAUCACCCUGCAGAUUGUUUACUUCCUGGACAGGCACUACGUCCCGGAAUGAAACUAACGUCGCCAGUGCCAGAUGGGAGGGCACUGAUCUACACGUUCACCGUUGAGGAUCACGUAGGCUUUGUUGCAUCCGUAACAACAACCAGUUCUUCCCAAACUUACUACAGAACGAGUGAUGUAAGCAAAAUGACAAGCAACAUCGGACAGGUUGCAGCACUUUACGGAAAUAAAAGCUUCGGUGAGUUUGAUCUUCCUGCCACAUCAUUGGCUCAGUUUAUCAUGCUGGAGUCUGAUGGGCAUCUGAGACAUUACGUUCACGAUGGGAACUAUAGCUGGAACAAGGAGGAUCUUCUUAAGGAUAGGAUCAAUGAUUGCGGUUAUCCACAGGUCUGUGGGAGUUAUGGCAUUUGUUCAGAUACGUCUAUAGGCCCUCAAUGUGAUUGUCCAAGUGAGACAGGAUAUUUCAAGCAAAUUGAAGAGCGUCAACCGGCCAAGGGUUGCAAUGCUAGCAUGUCUAUCUCUUGCGAUUCUCCGAAUCACACUUUUGCAGCAAUUAGUAAUAUCUACUACUUUGCUUUUUCUGAUGUUAUUCGUGCCGAUAUCUCAAACACAACUGUAGAGACUUGCAAGGAAGCUUGUUUGAGUAAAGGGUGCUCAUGCACAAUGGCACUAUUUCACAAUGAAACUGCUUUCUUUGGUGGAGACUGCUAUUUGUUAUCAGAUUCAUUUUCGUUGAUGGAUAACACUAACAUGGGCCAUACUCCUAAUGCCUUAGCAUUGAUUAAAGUCGACAAUGCUUCAGGACAUCCAAUAUCAUCAUCGACAAGAAGGGGAAGGGCACGGACUAUGAUCAUAAUAGGGACUACUGUUGGAGUCGUCUUGAUGUGUUUAGUUAGCAUUUAUUGCAUUUUUGUCCGAUGUAAGGUCAAAGCAGAUGAUGUCGAGGAUGAUGAUCCAGACUUACAGAGGCUGCAUCUAACUCGAUUCCCUUAUGAGGACUUGAAGGCCAUGACAGGAGAUUUCAACAACAAGCUUGGGGAAGGAGGAUUUGGCUCGGUGUUUCUAGGAACUUUACCCAGCGGCGUUAGGAUUGCAGUCAAGCGCCUUGAUGGUUUUGGUCAAAUAAAAAGGUCAUUCUUGGCCGAGGCCGGAACCAUUGGCACUAUCCAUCAUGUCAAUCUCGUAAGACUACUUGGAUUUUGUGCUGAAAAAUCACAUAGGCUUUUAGUCUAUGAGUACAUGUGCAAUGGUUCUCUUGAUAAGUGGAUCUUCCAUAAAGAUCAAGAGUUUGAUAUCCGUUGGCAAGUGAGGAGAAAGAUUAUCCUCCACAUUGCCAAAGGACUAGCCUAUCUCCAUGAGGAAUGCCACCAAAAAAUAAUGCACUUAGACAUCAAACCCCAAAAUAUACUACUGGAUGAAUGUUUCAAUGCGAAGCUAGCUGAUUUUGGGCUGUCCAAGCUAAUUGAUAAGGACCAAAGCCAAGUCAUGACUACCAUGCGUGGAACACCAGGUUACCUUGCUCCAGAGUGGUUAAGCUCUGUUAUCACGGAAAAGGUCGAUGUGUACAGUUUUGGCAUUGUUAUGUUAGAAAUCCUAUGUGGGAGGAAAAAUGUGGACCGCUCUUUGCCGAGUGAUGAAGUGCAUAUGUUGACCCUUUUCAAGUGCAAAGCAGAACAAGAACAACUACUGGACAUGGUUGAUAAAUACAGUAGUGACAUGCAACUACAUGGCCAAGAAGCUGUCAAGAUGAUGAAAAUCGCAGCAUGGUGUUUGCAAGAUGAUUAUAGUAUGAGGCCUUCCAUGUCUGCAGUAGUUAAAUGCUUGGAGGGCUUGGUUAGUGUAGCUAGUUCAAGUUAUAGCUUCUCAGUUCCUUUCGUUCACGGCAAGCAAAUUGUUGAUGAAGUUACUGAGCUAUCAGCCUUGCAAUUAUCAGGUCCUCGGUGAAGAAAACUACUUUCCUGGAUAAGCUCUGACGCUUCGAUGGAGUAACUCCUAAUAGUGCUGAGCUUCUCAGUUCGUCCAGAUUACAGUGAUCACGUUGUGAUCAAUUUACCGAGCUAGCUAGCCUUGCAAUGACCAGGUCCCAUAGGAGCUGACGUAAUCUCAAAGGACAAGAGGAUGAUGAACAUGGUCAAAGGCAGCAUUUAAAUGGGGUAUUCAAGUGAAACUUUUUCUUUUUCUGCUUUACAUGCAUCGGUUUGUUGUUCUCGAGCAAAAUGGUUAUGUCUUGGUUUCUUGGGCUUGCCUUUUUAAUCACAGCAAGGCCCAAAUUGCUUCUGAUACGAAGACGGGCAACUUGGAAUACUAACAAGAAACUGCUAAACCGCACAUCUUCAUAUAAUCAGAUGGACUUCCAAUGGGGCGGCCGUUUUUGCCUUUUUUUCCAAGAUGUUAAGCAUGUAGAGGGUCACUAAGAGACUGCUAAGCGGCACAUCUUCAUAUCGUGAGAUGAACUUUCAAUGGGAUGGCCGUUGUCCCUUAUUUUCCAAGAUUUUAAGCAUGUAACUGUAAGCUAGAAUAUUUCGAACAUUCUGCUUUCGCAUUUCUGCCAUAUUCUUCUACUCUCCCUUCUCAUUUGGCCCAUUGUAGGAUUUUUAUUGCUGUAACGCGUGAACACAUUAGGAGUCAUUCAUAGUGGAAGCCAUUUCUUUGUUUGAGCA